ACUCAGAGACGAAAAAAAGUUGCCCCUGGUCAUGAAAAAAAAACUAUCGGAAGCAAGAGAGAGUCCAGAAAUUACCAAGAAAAAUCCAGAGGGCGGACAUUCCUUUAAGCCUGGAAUUCGCUUUUUAUCUCCUUAAACAAGAUGGUUGUGUCGCUUAUACGAAGGGAGAAUUUGUAGGCUAAAUCUUGCGGAUAUAGUCUAUUAAAGUUGUCAGAGUAUUCGCGGGUUUGCAGUGGACUAAGUUGUCUGACUUUCGAGUCGCUAACUUGCCACCAGAAGGCUAAUUUACUCAAGGCGGCUGCGGAAGAAAGGAGUACGACUAUGUCAACUGAAGAAAGAUAUAAGUUAGUGGUCGUGGGCGGUGGAGGUGUGGGCAAAAGCGCCCUCACUAUUCAGUUCAUUCAGUCAUACUUUGUGUCAGACUAUGACCCGACCAUUGAAGACUCGUACACUAAAAUCUGCACCGUGGACGGAAAGGAGACUCGAUUAGACAUCCUGGACACAGCAGGGCAAGAAGAGUUUGGAGCGAUGAGAGAGCAGUACAUGCGCUCCGGAGAGGGUUUCUUACUGGUGUUUGCUCUUAAUGACAGUGGAAGUUAUGAUGAAAUUCAGAAAUUUCACACUCAGAUAUUGCGGGUGAAGGAUCGAGAUGACUUUCCUAUGGUUCUCGUCGGCAACAAAUCAGAUCUUGACCAGCAGAGAGUGAUCUCGAGAGACGAGGCCGUGUCGUUUGCCCGAGAAAACAGGAUCCACUAUAUGGAGUCGUCGGCUAAGAACCGCCACAAUGUGGAUGAAGCCUUCAUGGAGGUUGUGCGAGCAAUAAGGAAGUUUCAGGAGACGGAGAGUCCACCGCUCCCCGCUAAUCACGCGGGCAAGCAGAAGAGUGGUGGCUGUCCCUGCACCCUGCUCUGACUGCCCCUCUGCACUGUUGCCUAGGAGACUGAAGCCCUCACUCUCACGCCUGGUGCCUUAUAUGUCUACACAGAGAUUGUGUGUGUGUGUGUGUGUGUGUGUGGGUGUGGGUGUGUGGGUCCGUGUGUGUGUGUGUGGCACUGUAUGCAUCAGUGUUUUAGUGGCUUUUACAGUAUGUAUGUAUGAUUUGGUUUCCUAGAAGAAACUAGGCAAUAUCGAAAGAGCGAACCAUGAAUCUGUUGGAAAGAGGGAGUUCUUGUUUCCUCCACAUGUUUUAUUUAGUGCCAUGUAAAAUCAUGCCCUUGAUUUUUAGAUUCAAGCACAGUAUUUGUUAUAUCCACCACAGAAUGAGAUUGCAGCCUGAUUGUGUGCCACGGAAGAGAUUUAAAAGUAAUAAAUAACAAACAAAUUGCCACUGAGGAGGUGAAUAGUAGCGACAGUGUAUAUUUAAACAACCGCAUAAGCGAUCAGAGGCGGUGCUGACAAAGCUUUUUAAUAGUUCUUAUGUCAUCUGUAUGUCAUAUAUUGGGUUACUGACUCAGAAAGAUAAGUCAGACAGUGUUUUUUGGCCCAGAGCUCUUUUCAGCCUGUCUUCUCUCGGGAGAUUCAUUUAGUCAGUGAAACUGCACUGAAAUGGCUGCUCUAGUCUACACCUUGCUUCCCAUCAGUGGCAAGAAAAUAUCCAGCCAGCUUGUUUUCAUUAAUCUUUUCUUGAUAAAGCAAUGUGGGAUGACUAAGAUGUGAUGUGGUUUUAAUAAUUGAGUAUUUUUAGUAGCGUCCAAACAAUGGGUCCAGUAUCUGCAAUGCUAGUAUUCAUACAAACCAAAGGCUAUAAUGUACAUUUUUGCACACCAAGCUUUGUCAUCAUGAAUAGUUAUCUAAUGUAGUUUUAACACUAAAAUGGACAAACUGUGUGGCUUUAUUCUGGGACUAUUUUGGUCUGUUUCUUUUUGUUUCGAUUUGUUGUCUUUUCUGAAGGUACUUUUAUUUGUGCGUAUAUGCAGAAUAAGGCAGUCUGUCUCCAGAUUCACAUGCUUGGUUUUUUUUUUGUUUGUUUUUUUUGCACCUGCAUUUGCAGACAGUGAUGAAAAAGUGAUACAGAGGAAUUGCCAAAUGAAUUUACUAAAAAAGCAGGAUAUUAAUCAGUGUUGUAAGACAAUGAGUCACUCUGUAAAUAGGUAGAACGGCCUAGUUUAGGGUGAGGAAAAACAAGACUGGGUGCUUUACCUUAGUCACACUAUAGCAGUUCUUAGGGUAUACUUGUCUCUAGAGGGAGUUGCUACACACUUUACAGCCUUUAAUCAAGGGACAUGGUUGGUUUUCUUUAAACUGUGACAAUUCUGUAGUUCAGGUUUGUCAGCUGCAAAUAAGAACAAAGCACUAUUUAAUUUGAAAUGUUGAAAUACACAAAGUGGUAACAGGAUUCAUUUCAUUGCAAAAUAAUUUCAUGUCUUAAGUGAUUAUUUCAGUUUUUUUUUUUUUUUUUUUUUUUAAUUUAAGCUGUGUUUGUGUCGACUCUGGAGAAAUAUCAGACACCAUGUAUCUUCCAAUUUUGUAUCUAAAUCUAACAAUAUUCUUUUGUACACAAUUAAAAUAUGUCUUUAAACCAUUUA